AUGGUGCACAUUGACACCAACCACAAGCUCAUCAGGUACAACUUUGUUAUCUUUGGGGGAAUAGAUGGCUAUUCAAGGAAGAUUAUGUACUUGAAGAUAGCAGACAACAACCGGGCUGACACCCACUUGUGUUUCUUCAAUGAAGCUGUGAACGAGCACGGGUUUCCUCUGAGAGUGAGAGGAGAUCAUGGUGGAGAAAAUGUGGGAGUAGCACAAUUAAUGUUCUCAGUUCGUGGAACUGACAGUAACAGCUUCAUUGCAGGGAAAAGCGUACACAAUCAACGAAUUGAACGCCUCUGGCGUGAUGUGUUCAUGAGUGUUACGGGUGUCUUUUACAACACCCUGCACUCUCUUGAGGAACAACACCUGCUUGACAUCAGUAACGUCCUGCACAUCUUCUGCUGCCACUACGUUUUCUUGCCACGCAUCCAAGCCAACCUGGAUGUGUUCAGUGAGGCCUGGGCCAACCAUCCCAUCAGGACAGAGCAAAAUCUGACACCCAAUCAGUUGUGGCAGGUGGGCCAGCACCUGAAUCCUGUUGCAGAUCCUGAGCCUGAGGGUUCACUCAUACCAGAGAUUCAAUGGGAAGAGAGUGGAUACACAAAUGAGCAUCAUACCGGGGUCAAUGUCCCUACGCUGAACUUCCCUCUCUCAGACCUUGAAAUGAUGCAACUGCAAGACAACAUUGAUCCAUUGGAAGAAUCUGAAUGUUUCGGAGUGGACAUAUAUCUCAAUACUGUCCAAUACAUUGAGAAUUUAAUUGAGCACCGAUAGUUGUUACAUUUAACAACUAUAGUAUGAUUUGUGUCAUGAUUUCAGUUAUUUGGCAAUGAUGGAAAGUUAAUCAUUUUAUAUUUACAUAGCUUAUGCUUGAUUAAGUUAAUCUCAAUUGCAUGAUUAGACAUUUUUCUUUUGACUUAUAAAUUAAUGGAAGUGUUUUUAGAGAUGCAUUUUCAGUCAGGAUCAAAAACCGUUUCAGAGCAACAGAAUUACAUUCAUUUUACACUCUGUACAAAAUAAAAACAUUGUAAAAUAAC